UUGUGCAGUAUUUAAUGCAGUCAUUGGUACUUUUGUGAUUUUAAAUACGACGAAGCUGCUGGGGACAUUAUUGACACUACUUCAGUAAAGAGCUAUAAAAAAUAAUAAUUCUUCUCUCACAACAAGAGUGCCGACGACGGCAGAAGAUGAUUCGAGAAGACAGUGAGCACCAACCGACGCCGACAACGUUGAAGAUGUCCAGUCGGGCGUCGGCGUUCUCAAUCGCCGCUAUCAUGGGGGAGCAGCCGCUGCGGCGUGCGUCCGACAAUGUUUCUCCUUCCGUUAGUGACUCAGACUCCGAUUCUGUCCGAGACGCAGACGUCAGCCGUGAGGAGUCCCCCUCACCCAGCGACACGUGCGCCUUCUCGCCACUUCCGGCGUCACGUGACACACCGAGCACGUGCCCGGAGGAAAUGACGUCAUGCACGUGUAAUCUGGAGACGCGCGAUCUGUGGGAGAAGUUCAAUGAGCUCGGGACGGAAAUGAUAAUCACAAAAAGUGGAAGACGGAUGUUCCCGACGGUCCGCGUCUCUUUCGCCGACCUGGAGCCGACGGCCCGCUAUGCUGUCCUGAUGGACAUAGUCCCGGUGGACCGGAAACGCUAUAGAUACGCAUACCACCGGUCCUCGUGGCUCGUCGCCGGCAAGGCCGACACUCCGCCAGUCUGUCGGCUGUACCUGCAUCCUGACGGAACUUUCACCGGCGAUCAGCUGAUGAAGCAGACGGUGUCUUUUGAGAAACUGAAAUUGACCAAUAACACACAAGACAAAAACGGACAGAUUGUUCUAAACUCCAUGCACAAGUAUCAGCCGCGCAUUCACCUCGCCAAGGUCGAUGACGUCAUGAAGACGUCCCCAAGCACGCUAAAUGACGUCGAUCACAAAACGUUCGUGUUCCCAGAGACCACUUUCAUUGCGGUGACAGCAUAUCAGAACCAGCUGAUCACGAAGUUGAAAAUCGACAGCAACCCGUUCGCUAAAGGAUUCAGAGAUUCAACACGCUUGUCUGACUUUGAAAACUCUAUGGAGAAUAUGAUGCAUACCCCAUGUUUUCCGAGAACUCCUUUACGUUCCUAUGGCGAUCCGGAAAUAGCCGAUCCUCUUCGACUUUCCCCACAAGAGCGACAAAAAGUUCUCGCCGAAAGCAUGUCGCCCAUGUGGAGAGCGAUGUCAACGUCACUUCCUGUCUCCAGUGCGUCACUUCAGGUUUUCCCUUCUGCGAUUCCGACGUCAUUGCCUACGUCACUUCCGUUAAGCGCGCGAGACGCGUCAAUGCUUUCAUCCCUCUACGGGUCAAUGAUGUCCGCGCAGCAACUCUACAACCAGGAGCUGUUGCUAAGAAACCAGUUCCAGCUGAUGAAAAGUGCAAUGACGUCACAAGGUCUUCAGGCGAAACACAGAUUCCACCCAUACGUGCAAAGAUCACCGGAAAAAUUACGCGAACAUUCAUAGAUGAUUGAACUAUUUCCUUUACGAUUGUGCAAAUAUUUAUUAAACUGUCUUAUUACGGUUUUAACCAAUUUAUGCCUAGUGGACUCUCCCAUCCUUCUAAAUUGGAUCAAUUUAUUUCCAAUAUUAGGGAUGUCUAGUAUAUUUAUUUCUAUAUUUCUUACAGAAAUUCCUUUAGGCAAACAGCGCAGACCCUGAUGAGACGCCGCAUCAUGCGGCGUCUCAUCUGAGUCUACGCUGUUUGCCAAGGCCUUUUUUCUAGACGCUAGGCAUAAAUGGGUUAAUUACGCAUGAAAACAUG